AUGGGCAGCAUUUCGCAGACAACUUACGGCUUUAUUGGCCUCGGCCAGAUGGGCCACGGGAUGGCCAAGAAUAUCCGCCUCCGUAUUCCCGACUCGUCCCUGCUCGUGGUGUACGACGUGAACCAGGAAGCGGUACAAAGGUUCAUCGACGAACACAAUGGCACAGGUGUCCGAGCAGCCUCGUCGCCCAGGGAAGUCGCCGAAUUAGCAGAUGCGAUCAUGACAUCGGUCCCGCAAGCUGCCCACGUGCGUGAUGUGUUUUUGCACGAGGAUAGGGGACUUUUGGCUGCAGAACGGAGGCCAGGCCACAGCAUACUCUUUCUGGAGCUCAGCACUAUUGACGCCGGUGUUUCGGCUGAGGUAGCUCAGAAGGUCAUUGAUGGAGGCUGGGGAGAUUUUGUGGAUGCACCCUGCUCGGGCGGUGCUAUGGGGGCUGAAAACGGAGCACUCUCCUUCAUGGUUGGAUGCGACGAUGCAACCUGGCCACGGGUCUUGGAGAUCUGCCGCCUCAUGGGCAAGGACGACUCCAUCUUUCACUGUGGCAAGCUCGGCUCCGGUCUCAAGACAAAGCUCCUCAACAACUACCUCUCUUCGCUGACGGCCCUGGCCACCGCCGAGACCUACAACAUCGGCAUCCGCAGCGGCCUAGACGUCAAGCGACUCGACAGUGUCAUCAACGCCAGUUCAGGCAUGAACUUCAACUCCAAGAUCAACAAUCCUGUCCCAGGCCUGACCCCUGGAAACGCGGCAAGCAAAGGCUACGCAGGUGGGUUCUCGCUGGAGCUUUGCCUCGGAGUACUGGAGCUGGGUGUCAAGGCUGCCGACGACUUGGGCGCAAAGACGGUCUUGGGCCAUCCCAUGCUAGAUGCAUUUAGGGAUGCUGCCAAGGAUGUUAGGUUCCAAGGCAGGGAUUCCAAGGUCAUUUACAAGUGGCUAGGCGGCGAGGAUCCUGUAUUGUGA